AUGGAUUUCCUGCCGCUCGGUCUCUGUCUACACUGGCUGCUGAGGAGGCCCUCGGGGGUGGUCUUGUGUCUGCUGGGGGCCUGCUUUCAGAUGCUGCCCGCCGCCCCCAGCGGGUGCCCGCGGCUGUGCCGGUGCGACGGGCGGCUGCUGUACUGCGAGGCGCUCAAUCUCACCGAGGUGCCCCACAACCUGUCGGGCCUGCUCGGCUUGUCCCUGCGCCACAACCACCUCCCGGAGCUGCGCGCCGGCCAGUUCGCCGGGUUAAUGCAGCUCACGUGGCUCUAUCUGGAUCACAACCACAUCUACACGGUGCAGGGGGACACCUUUCAGAAACUGCGUCGAGUUAAGGAACUCACGCUGAGUUCCAACCAGAUCACCCAGCUGGCCAACACUACCUUCCGGCCUAUGCCCAACCUGCGCAGCGUGGACCUCUCGUACAACAAGCUGCAGGCGCUCGCGCCGGACCUCUUCCACGGGCUGCGGAAGCUCACCACGCUGCACAUGCGGGCCAACGCCAUCCAGUUCGUGCCCGUGCGCAUCUUUCAGGACUGCCGCAGCCUCAAGUUUCUCGACAUUGGAUACAAUCAGCUCAAGAGCCUGGCGCGCAACUCUUUCGCUGGCCUGUUCAAGCUCACCGAGCUGCAUCUGGAGCACAACGACUUGGUCAAGGUGAACUUGGCCCACUUCCCGCGCCUCAUCUCCCUGCACUCGCUCUGCCUGCGUAGGAACAAGGUGGCCAUCGUGGUCAGUUCCUUGGAUUGGGUGUGGAACCUGGAGAAAAUGGACCUGUCGGGCAACGAGAUCGAGUACAUGGAGCCCCAUGUGUUCGAGACCGUGCCCUACCUGCAGUCCCUGCAGCUGGACUCCAACCGCCUCACCUACGUCGAGCCCCGCAUCCUCAACUCCUGGAAGUCACUGACUAGCAUCACCUUAGCCGGAAACCUGUGGGAUUGCGGGCGCAACGUGUGCGCCCUAGCGUCGUGGCUCAGCAGCUUCCAGGGGCGCUACGAUGGCAACUUGCAGUGCGCCAGCCCCGAGUACGCACAGGGUGAGGACGUCCUAGACGCCGUGUAUGCCUUCCACCUGUGUGAAGAUGGGGCUGAGCCCACCAGCGGCCACCUGCUCUCGACUGUCACCAACCGCAGUGACCAGGGCCCCCCCGCCGGCCCAGUCACCACGCUGGUGGACGGCCGGGAGGCACAGCCCGACGGCACGCUGGAGCCAGCCACCGUGGCUUUGCCUGGUGAGCACGCUGAGAACGCAGUCCAGAUCCACAAGGUAGUCACGGGCACCAUGGCCCUCAUCUUUUCCUUCCUCAUUGUGGUCCUGGUACUUUACGUCUCCUGGAAGUGUUUCCCAGCUAGCCUCAGGCAGCUCAGACAGUGCUUUGUCAUGCAGCGCAGAAAGCAGAAGCAGAAACAGAGCAUGCAUCAGAUGGCUGCCAUGUCUGCCCAGGAAUACUACGUUGAUUACAAACCCAACCACAUCGAGGGAGCCCUGGUCAUCAUCAACGAGUAUGGCUCCUGUACCUGUCACCAGCAGCCCGCAAGGGAAUGCGAGGUGUGA